AUGAGUUGUCGACUACUUAUACUAAUUUCCGCCGUUGCAGUAUUCGCCGUUGUGUCUGGCACGGUGGAGGAGACGGCCCGAGAUAUUAUCGAUGCACUAACGCACGCCCCUUUCGAAGAAUGGUCGGGGGUCUUCAUAGCAACCAACGAUCGGAUCCGCAUAAAGGUUAUCCGAUCCACUUUCUUCGUCCCAAACUCCUCUGCCAACGGGUACGGUGGAAAUGACAGACAAAAGGUGGCUGCGUAUCACAUUGUCUCUGAGAGGCUUGAGUUUGCGGAUCUUCUCUCCAAGGCAAGUCAAUCGCGACUACCCACUCUUCUCACCGGCUCCUCCAUUCUGGUGACUAACAAUUCCGGUUCUGGUUUUACUGUCGACGGCGUUCUCAUCACAGAACCCGACAUGUUCGUCGACUCCUUCAUGGCUAUCCACGGCAUUGCGGUUCCGCUUGAUUUCAAAACUUACGGCAGCGAGCGGCGACUCUAA